AAUCACAGCCAGCUCUUCCAUUAAGUUUAAUUUACUUUUUUUUUUUUUUGGCAAUGACUGUGUAAAAAGGAUGGCUUGGAGAGAUCCGUGUGCUGUUGUGUUUUUUUUCUCCCGACUCAUCACUUUGGCCGAUCUCCAGCCAAAGCGGGACAGAAAGGAGUGGCAGGAAUCCGGAGCAGGGGAGGAGAGGCGCUGCACUGUGUCUUUAAGCUCCAGUGAACUCCAUCGCAGAGGGAGGGGGGGAGUCGCAGCCGCACUUGAUCGUUGUGUUUGUGCGCCCAGCGCCGUGGAGGUACCUGCUCUGUGGAUGGAUGGAUAAGCGCAGGAUGAUCGUUCCUGCACUUGAAACAAGCGGAGUAGAGUAAAAGAAAAAAAAGCUUCAAUCAUGAGAUGCCCCUGGGUGGCUUUCGCCUCGCAUUUUGUUCUGCUGCCACUAACAGUUUGGUGCCAGCCGGUCAUCUCCCCCAGCGGGCCCCACGUUGUAGUUCCCAAGAGGGGAAGGCUGGAGCUGCGUUGCCGCAACAAUGCCACGACGUCCGGCGCCCAGUCCGGGUUGAGGUGGCAGAGGGAGAGAGCUCGCAGGCUGGAGGGAGAGGUGGAGGAGGGCGGAGCGGCCUACGUCAAGGUGGCGACGGCACAGGCCUACCACGCGGGUCGCUAUGUGUGCGUCAACAACAGCACGCUGGAACACAGCUCCAUCUACGUAUACGUCAAAGACCCCCAGAACGUCUUCCACCGCACCAUGGUGGACGUCAUCCUGGUGCGCGCAGGGGAGAACUGCACCAUCCCCUGUCUCGUGACCGACCCCGAGGUCACCUUCCUGGACCUGGAGACCUGCGAUGGACGACCUUUGCCCCCUGGCAUGAGUUACCGCAGCCACCUUCAGCGAGGCGUCACCAUCAGCAGCGUGAGGAAGGAGUACGAGGGCUGUUUCGUGUGCGUGGGACAGCUGGCUGGGGUCAAAGUGACGUCGAGCCAAUACACAGUGGAUGUAGGACUCGUGCCAGAGGUGCCUCCAGGGAUCACGCUGUCCCAGAAAGACACAGUCAUCCUGAGGAGAGGAGAACAGUUUGAGAUUACCUGUAGCUCCGCCAACGUCAACCUGGAAUUCAGUGUCGAAUGGGAUUUCCCUUCAACCGCGCACCCUGAUGAAUCCCACACCUCACACAUCCUGUCCGGUUCACGCGGUUACCAACGUGCCACCUCACUCUUGAUCACAGCGGUCAACCAAUCGGACUCGGGCACUUACCGCUGCCACGCCCACAACAAGAGAGGCGCCAGUGCCACAGCGCUGCAGCUGGAUGUCCGAGAUCAGGGGUUCAUCACCAUGUUAGGAAGCCCAAGUCCGGUCCAGGCCGACGUUAAAGAGGGGGAGAGCUUGAGCCUCCGAGUGGAAUUCAAUGCCUACCCCGCCCCCAGGUCCCUGUCCUGGUCCCACAACGGCAAACGGCUCCUCAACACCACAGAGCACGUCAUCACCAUCCACCGCCGCAAAUACAGACUCAUCAGCGAGCUCCGACUUGUGAGGGUCUUCGGCUCGGAGGGCGGGAUCUAUAAGUUCUCGGCCAGCCACGAGGACGCGUCUGUCAACCAUUCAUUCCAGGUGUACGUCAUCAGCAAGCCGGUUAUCCUCGCCCAGGAAGGCCCUGUUGAUGGACAGGUGCGGUGCAUCGCCGCCGGUUACCCAGUCCCUAAAAUAAGCUGGUACUUCUGUGAGCUGCCCCACACGAGGUGCUCCCACCUGCCCAAUGCCACCCAAUGGGAGACUCCGGACGUCCCCAUGGUGACAGAGUCCACCUUCGGUCGGAGCGAGGUGGUGAGCCGACUGAACGUGAGCAAGGAGCACGCGCACUAUCAUACACUGGAGUGCGUGGCGAGCACGGAGGGGGAGGAGGCCUACACGCUGUUCUCCAUCAGUGAGCGCAUCGUCCCCCACAAACUCUUCACUCCUCUUCUAACCGGCAUGGUGGCCACUGGCAUCUUGCUGAGCCUCAUUCUAGUGGUGCUGCUCUAUAAAUACAUGCAGAAACCAAAGUUCCAAAUCCAGUGGAAGGUCAUCGAGAGUAUCCACGGCAACAACUACAUAUAUAUCGACCCCACCCAGCUGCCGUAUGACUCCAAGUGGGAGUUUCCUCGACAGAAGCUACGCUUUGGUAAAACUCUGGGCUCUGGGGCAUUUGGAAAGGUAGUGAGGGCCACAGCAUAUGGACUCUGCUCCGCAGAUACUGUUACAACCGUCGCCGUUAAGAUGCUCAAACCCAACGCUCACGCUACGGAGAAGGAGGCGCUGAUGUCAGAGCUGAAGGUGCUCAGUUACCUCGGAAACCACGUGAACAUCGUGAACCUGCUGGGGGCCUGCACUGUCGGAGGCCCAAUUUUGCUGAUCACAGAGUACUGUUGCUAUGGCGACCUCCUCAACUUCCUGCGCAGAAAGCGAGAGGCCUUCCUAAACUCCCAAGUUGGUGAUGGUUACUAUCGCAACGUGUCGAACCAAACAGAGCCUACAGCGAGCAGAGAGGUGACUGGUACAGGAUAUAUGCCCAUGCGUCCCUCUGAGAAAGAAAGUUCUUCCCAGUCAGUCGAUGAAGAGGACCUGUCUCUGGACGCCGAAGAUCUCCUCAGCUUUUCCUACCAGGUGGCCAAGGGAAUGGAGUACAUUACUUCCAAGAACUGUGUCCACAGGGAUAUUGCAGCCAGAAACAUUCUGCUGACUCAUGGCAGGGUGGCGAAGAUCUGUGACUUUGGGUUGGCUCGAGACAUCACCACUGACGCCAGCUAUGUGCUCCGGGGCAACGCUCGCCUGCCUGUCAAGUGGAUGUCUCCCGAGAGCAUUUUCGACUGUGUCUACACCUUCGAGAGUGACGUGUGGUCCUACGGCAUCCUGCUCUGGGAAAUCUUCUCUCUGGGUAACAGCCCGUAUCCUGGGAUGCAGGUGGGCUCAGCAUUUUAUAGGAUGAUUCAAGACGGCCACAGGAUGAGCAGGCCCGAGUUGGCUCCCAUCGAGAUGUAUGACAUGAUGUUGUCUUGUUGGAACCACGAUCCUCUGAAGAGGCCUUCAUUCAGGAAACUGGUGGAGAGGACUGAGCUACUGCUGUCAGAAAGCACCAGGAAUGUGUACCUGACACUGAGCAAAGCUCCGGGUCAUUCAGAGCAGCAGAGGGCGCCAUCACGGAGGCUGAGCUCAGUCUGCAGCACGACAGCCCCCACCCAGCCUUUACUGCAAAACACUGCUGACGUCUUCCUGGACUAUGUCUGACACACACACACACACACACACACGCGGCUAUGAACCCCCCCCCCCCCCGCCCAUCUCUCCCCUUUAACCGCACAAACAACAAGAGCCAAACACACUCUGUAAUCUACUAACAACACUCAAACUAACUCUCUAACACUGGCCUUCCUGCAUCACAUACACACACACACACAGAUACUGUAUAUACGACCCUGCUCUGGGCUCUCAGUACUGGCCUCUAUGUAAUCUCCCCAUUGGCUUAUUGAUCUCUGUGGUAGGUAUUUCAGGUGCACGUCUAUAUAGAGCAGACUCCAGCACUAACCGUCCAUCAGAUACAACAUCUCCUAACAGCAGCAGGAGGAGUUUUGGCUUACAUUCAGCCUCAGAUUGCAUCUUAAGAAGCUUUGGGGAAAACAGAGACCUUUGACUGAGGAAUAGAUAAGCACAGUUGGCGCUGUGAUGAGUGGACUGUUUUUUGUUUUGUUUUGUGUCGGGUUUGUCUCCCUUUUUAUAGGAACUUUUGGCCUUUUUGGGAAAUUUAAAAUGCCGCUGUCUUGCAGAGAGUUAGAUCAGAAGAUUGAUACCACCUCAAGGUAUCUGUGCGUCAAGUAUGGAGGUGAAGCCAACGGACGUUUAGCUUAGCUUAGCACAAAGACUGGAAAUGGGGGGAAACAGCUAGCCUGGCACUGUCCUAGUAUUUAUACACAUUUCAUUUAAAAUUUUUAUUUCGCUCCAAUUGUACUUUAUUAAAAUUUUACUGUUUUACCAUUUUACCAUCCUUCGCGUCGAAAGGAGUCAGCUGAGGUGGUUCGGGCAUCUAAUUAGGAUGCCUCCUGGACGCCUCC